CAUGUUUAGUCAAAGUUAGAUACGAAAGCAAGAAAAGAAUGAAAAAAUUUAGAAAUGGUGGCAAAUUAACCGGUAAAAAUAUGAAAAAAAUUUUGACUCGAACAAAAUUAGAUCUGAAUGAUUUAUUGGAAAAAAUUCGUAAACAACGAUCAGAUUUAUCAAAACAAUUCACGACAACGAACCAGAACAAUAAUGAAAACAUUGAUAACCAUCAUCAUCAUUUAGAAUUGAAUGCAAAACCAUUAAUUCGAUUGUUUCAGAAACCGUGGCUAAAACGAAAAAAUGUUCAAAGCCAGAGAGAAAAUCAGCCAUCAAAACAACAAAUGACAGAUUUUUACUAUGAAUGUUAUACUGAUACUGAAUUCACGAGACAGGAUGAUGUGGAUCAAAAUUGUUUGUAUGAUAUUAAUGAUGAAAAAAAUUCAUUAUUUUAUCAAAAUUUAAACGAAUAUCCGGAUUAUUGUGGUCAAACAUCAAGAUAUAUUCCAUACCUAUCGGUUAUUCCAUUCUAUACACAAUAUUCGAAUCAUGAAUUGAAUCGACUCAUUACAGUUGGUCCAUCAAUACAAUUACAAUCAUCGAAAAGUAAAGAUAGGAAGAAAAAAGUAUCAAAGAAAAAAUCAACAUCACAUCGUAUUUCUAAUGAUGAUUCAUCAUUAAUGGAGGAUAAUGAUAAUCCAUCAUUACGGUUGAGCCUAGACAAUAAUGACAUAAACAGCAUCAAUAUAAAUAUGGAUAAUGAAAAUAUGCCAAAAACAUUUCAACGAGAAUCAUUGAUUAUUAUGAAUAAUGAUGAUGUUAAUAAUGACGAUGAUGACAGUAACAGCAAUCAGAAGAUUAGAAUGCCUGAAAAAUAUUCAAUUUUAGAUAAUUAAAAUGAAAAUUUCUUCGUUUCUAAAAAAAACUAA